ACGUGGGUGCAGGCUGCCCCUGUGGCGGUCGCAGUGAGCUGGGGUCUCCGGAGAACCGCCCACCAUCUCCGCCGGCCCGCUCCUCUGCCCCGGCCUCCCCACCCGUCCAGCCGUGGCAGAAACCAGCUGCCAGGUGGACUCCCAGCUCCGUGAGACCGCCUCCCUCCAGUCUCUCCACCUCGUUCGGACCUCUACACGACCAUGUCCAUCCUCUACGUCUCCCCUCAUCCAGAUGCGUUCCCCAGCCUCCGAGCCCUCAUAGCGGCUCGCUAUGGGGAGGCUGGAGAGGGCCCGGGCUGGGGAGGACCCCACCCUCGCAUCUGUCUCCAGCCACCCCCUACCAGCCGGACUCCCUUUCCCCCACCUCGCCUGCCUGCCCUGGAGCAGGGACCCGGUGGCCUCUGGGUGUGGGGAGCCACAGCUGUGGCUCAGCUCCUGUGGCCAGCAGGUCUAGGAGGCCCUGGAGGUAGCCGGGCAGCUGUCCUUGUCCAACAGUGGGUCAGUUAUGCAGACACGGAGCUCAUACCAGCUGCUUGUGGGGCAACACUACCAGCUCUGGGACUCCGAAGCCCUGCUCAGGACCCCCAGGCUGCAUUGGGGGCCCUGGGUAAGGCCCUGAGCCCCUUGGAGGAGUGGCUUCGACUGCACACCUACCUGGCUGGAGAUGCCCCCACUCUGGCUGACCUAGCUGCUGUGACAGCCUUGCUGCUACCUUUCCGAUACGUCCUGGACCCCUCUGCCCGCCGGAUCUGGGGUAAUGUGACUCGCUGGUUUAUCACUUGUGUCCGGCAGCCAGAGUUCCGAGCCGUGCUGGGAGAAGUGGUUCUAUACUCAGGGUCCAAGUCUCUCUCUCAACAGCCAG